AUGGUGCCCACUCGCACCAACGUGGCUGCCGGGAUCCCCAGUAGCAAAGUGAAAUACUCAAAGCUCUUCAGCACUGACACUGGACACAUUCACUAUCAGAAGGAAACUUCACCUGCUGAAGCUAGCUUUAAAUUGCAAAGAUGUGUAGUGAGAUCUCACUUAUUAAAGUUUAAGAAAAGCUCUACUAAGAUUCCUUAUAAGGCCGUUGCCUGUGCCACUGCGCAGUUUUUGAUUGGCACUUUUCUGGUUAUUGUGGGCUGCCUCCUGCUGGCGGGCUACAUCAGCAAAGUGGGCGUCAACAGGGCCGUUCCGGUUGUGAUUGUUGGCAUCCUGGUGUUCCUGCCCGGGUUUUACCACCUGCUCAUCGCCUACAGAGCCCACCGAAGCUGCCAGGGCUACUCCUACAGUGACCUUCCGGAUUGUGAUGAGUGAUGACUAGCCCCCAACCGCAGCCACAAGAAGAGGAGUCACGGAUGGGGCUGAGCGCAGCCAUAAGGCAUUUGGCAGAGGCUGUGGAAAUCUAUGCUUCAGGAAUAAGGAACUUGCAGCUUUGUAGAUACUUAGCAAAACUAUAACCAGGUUUUAUAAAUUCAUCCCCAAAAUGUUCAUUGAGCUUAUAAUUAGCCAAAUAGGAAGCUAGGAAGUGCUCCGUUUUUAUUUUCUUGGCCCUGGCUAAAACCCCUAACAGUUUUUUUCCACGUGGAUAUGUAUAGUGGAAGAAUAGCAUCGUUAAUUGUGCAGGGAAGUGAAAAGUUAUUCUGUAGAACAAAAUGUUGCCCCCACCACCCUAUUUAGAGCUGAACAUCUCUUUUAAGUAGUCCUCAUUGAUAAUUUUAUUUUGUGGCAAAUGGAAAAAUGCAGUAUGUCUACUUUCAUAUUAGUAAGUAAUUUAUCUGGAAAAUUUCUGAGUAUUUUAUCACCCAUGCUUAUCUCCAACUUUGUAGCCUAUGGAUAUCUUGGUAAAAUCAAAUAUCAACGUAGGAGAAAUAAAGAGAACAAUACAGUUGUGUUGUGUGGAGCUUUAGAGUCAGAUAAAAGUGGUUUUACAUCCCAGAUGCCAACUUUUUAGCUGUAUAACCCUGGACAAACUAUCCUAAUACUCUGAGACAGAGUUUGGGACAUAAUUCUUACUGUUUGAGGUUUCAGUAUGGACCAAAUAUAGUAUUUAUAUUAACAACAUUGCACAUGGGUGGUCGUCAAAGUGUUAAUUCCUCACUGUGAGGUAGGGUUUUAUAGAAGACUGCACAUAAAAUUGACUAAAGCCACAAGUGAAG